GUUGAACCAACGGCGGGUUCGGUUGCCUCAACGUGCUUUUCCCUUGUGCCAUCCUACCUUAUAUACCCUAUAGACCUUAUAAACAUAUAUCUUCUCACUGCUAAUCCCCAGUGACACUCGAUAACUUCCCCAUUCCUGAUCUCACAACCCAUCUGCUUGUAAUCCGCACCAACACCCACAACACUCCUUGACGAUGAGGGCAUACUGGUUCGACAACGAACAGGGCGACCAACGUCUCCCCCACGACUCCAACCGCGACGUUGAACCCUCAUACCUCGCCCAGCUAGGCGUCCUGUACUACCACCUCCCCGAAGAAUCCAAAGUCGACACCAUCGCGAAAGAGCGCGACUACAAGAACCGCGAUGUCAUCACCGUCUCGCCCGACGCCAUGGGCGCCAUCUACGAGGACAAAGUCAAGUCGUUCUUCCACGAACAUCUCCACGAGGACGAGGAAAUCAGAUACAUCCGCGAUGGCGCAGGCUAUUUCGACGUCCGUAGCGAGGACGACGCCUGGGUGCGCAUCAGGCUGGAAAAGGACGACAUGAUUGUCUUGCCGGCCGGGAUUUACCAUCGUUUCACGACGGACGAACAGAAUUAUAUCAAAGCUAUGCGCCUGUUCAAGGACGAGCCGAAAUGGACGCCACUGAACAGAGGCAACGAGACCGACAUCAACGAGCAUCGCCAGAAUUAUCUUCAGUCCAGAAGUGCUCCAGUUUCGGUCGCAUAAAGAGCGAGCAACGACCCUGCUGCUUUCGAUAAAAUAGUUCGAUGAUGAGCUUGUUCAUGAAUGAUGAGUACCUUGUAACAAAAAAAAGUUUCCUCGGGUUGAAAUUACCGUGCUUCAUGUCUUCUGUCAUAUGCUCUGGCUAUAAUGUGAUAUAUAUGGGUAUGAAGUAGUGUUGCGUGGACUGAUGAUGCCCUUGUCGCUUGCCUGAUCCUUCGACCUGAGGUGAUCAGACAUAAUUCC